UCUGCAAGAACAGCAUCCGUAAGAAGCUGCAACGUGCGUAAAGCCAUUGAAGUGGAAGUAUUAUUAGGAAUCAGGCGGUGACGAGGACAGUGAACUAGAAAAGCAGGCGCAAGGGUGGUUCGUGCGCGGUCCAUGUGUCAUACAGCAUCCCUGCUGGUCUGGUUCGGGUUCGGGUUCGGGCAGUGGGCUCGCGGUAGCGCAGUAGCACUUUGGCGGAGGAGCAUCCGACUCGCAAUGGCUUUAGUAUACGAAUGUGCAAAGUAGGCACGAGCUAGUAAACAUGAAGUAACUAAAUCUAAACCAUCUGUCGGUAAAACUAAACUAUAUGUAUAUACAUGUGUAUGUAUAGUAUCGUCAGUACUGUUAUACAUAGGUAUAUAUGUAUAAACGCUAAACUUAAACUCAUGAACCGAACAUUUAAACAAAUUGUGUACUAAUAAAUAAUGCUUUUAAGCUAAACCCAACUAAAUAAUAAACGAUUCUAACAUGAAACCGCAAUAAACCAAAAACUAAACUCAAAUCUAAACGAUCGUUGGAACACAGCACUGGCGCGAGCUCUUUACUGCUAAUAUCGCUACCCAUGGACAGUGGCAUGCAGCAAUGUCAAUUCUACUGCGGUCCACGAGCACUGACGCUCUUUGUCCUUUUGCACAUCUGCCUGUCGCUACCGAACGAAUCUUUGGCGGGAUACAACGAGAAGCGACUCCUUCACAAAUUGCUUGACCAUUACAACGUACUGGAACGACCGGUUGCCAACGAGUCGGACCCUUUGCAACUCAGUUUCGGUUUAACUUUAAUGCAAAUCAUCGAUGUGGACGAAAAAAACCAGCUGCUCGUUACUAACAUUUGGCUGAAGUUGGAAUGGAAUGACAUGAACUUGCGAUGGAAUGCAUCCGAGUUUGGUGGCGUCAAGGACCUCCGCAUACCUCCACAUAGGUUGUGGAAGCCGGAUGUUCUUAUGUACAACAGCGCCGAUGAAGGAUUCGACGGGACGUACCCCACAAAUGUGGUUGUACGAAACAACGGCAGCUGUCUGUACGUGCCUCCCGGAAUUUUUAAAAGCACUUGUAAAAUAGACAUCACGUGGUUUCCGUUCGACGACCAGCGAUGCGAAAUGAAAUUUGGAAGUUGGACUUAUGACGGAUUACAACUCGAUCUACAAUUACAAGACGAUGCGGGAGGGGAUAUCAGCAGCUUUAUAACAAACGGCGAAUGGGAUUUGCUAGGAGUUCCUGGCAAACGGAACGAAAUCUACUAUAAUUGCUGCCCUGAGCCGUACAUCGAUAUCACAUUCGUCAUUAUUAUUCGACGGCGGACACUCUACUACUUUUUUAACUUGAUUGUACCGUGCGUGCUUAUUGCUUCUAUGGCGGUAUUAGGAUUCACUCUGCCUCCAGACUCCGGAGAGAAACUUUCAUUAGGAGUCACGAUUUUACUAUCUUUGACGGUGUUUUUAAAUAUGGUUGCCGAAACGAUGCCUGCUACCUCAGAUGCAGUUCCACUGCUAGGCACCUACUUCAACUGCAUCAUGUUCAUGGUGGCAUCGUCGGUUGUCUCAACCAUUCUUAUACUCAAUUAUCACCAUCGUAAUGCUGACACACACGAAAUGUCAGAAUGGAUAAAGGUUGUUUUCCUGAUUUGGUUACCAUGGCUUCUACGUAUGCACAGACCACACGGCACUUGUGAGUACGGGCAACAGCCAAGUCGACCCGCAUCUGUGGCAACAGAUCGCAAACCGCUGCACUUUCAAGACGUGGAGUUGAAAGAGCGUUCUUCCAAAAGUUUGCUUGCGAACGUGUUAGACAUAGACGACGAUUUUAGACACAACCAUCGCGGUGGCGGAACUCCGACGCCUCUACCGACAGCCACCUUCUUCCGAACAGUCUACAGGCAAAACGAAGACAACGGAAACGGAGGUCGACUCCACGAAUCGCUCGUGUCGAACCACUCUUGUCUAAGUGCAGAUUACGAGCUGGCGUUGAUCUUGAAAGAAAUUCGUUUCAUCACCGACCAGCUGCGUAAGGAAGACGAGGCCGCGGACAUCACCAGAGAUUGGAAAUUCGCGGCCAUGGUGGUCGACAGACUGUGCCUUAUUAUAUUCACUCUGUUCACGAUCAUCGCCACGUUAGCAGUGCUGUUCUCAGCACCUCACAUCAUCGUAUCGUAGCUACCCCGACCCUGGCUCCUCGCAAGACUUUCCCUGAAGCUAGAUCAAAUAGCUGCUACUGAUGAUUUCCAUCACGGAUGGGCGUUUAGUCUUCUAUAUGCCGUAUCCGUAUCGAUCCCGACGCUCGCGCCACCAAAACCCAUCAAUAGUUGGCAGUCGUUUUAUACGGAAAUUUGGUUUUGUAUCGUGUUCUUUAGGGUAUUAACACAAUCAUACUGUGAUAAAUCAAGUUAAAUGUUGAGUUAGUCAGACGAGAUCGUGAAUUGGCGUUGGGGCUGAACGGAGCAGAGCGAAGCGUUUCGCAGCGUUUCACUUUCCUUGGACUAUGAUAAGGACAACAGGCCAAUGGAGAUUGGAGACUCACAAUUCGUCUCUUGUUUGGUUGUUUCUGACUCCGAAAGAACCCGUGCCAUUUGCGAACCCGACAAUAGUAACGUGCAAUGUUUUGUCCGCGAAGAGAGGGACACGAUUGUUUCUGUCGCUGUUCCCCACUUCGUAUUGUUACUUGACACAUUGUUAAUGGCGUUUUAUAUUGUAUGACGUGUAGAACUAUAUUUUUCUCGUGGAAUUUGAAAUAAUUUAAUUAAUAAUUAUUAAAAAAUUCAUUAUUAAAAUUUAUAAAAGAAACAAAAACGAAAUGUUGAUAUGAUUAGAGUAAUUCGGAUGAAGUUUUAGAAACCGCUUCAUCUUUUUUUAUAUUUUGUCCGUCUACCAUGCUACGUAGGAUGUAACUGUCAUCUAUGGACUUCUCUAUCCUGUACAUACAGAACCUAACGUAGGAGCAUAGCUGGUGAAAAAGCACUUGAAAUUCUAACAUAUCCUUUCAAAGUCAUGUAACGUACAGAGUCGUGUAUAAAAAAUACUCAUGUCUCUAGUGGGAAAACGUCGUGCGUGUUUCCGGUGUUGCAAAAGUCGCGCAAAGGUGCCUGCUUUUCAUUGAAAACACUUUUUUCUCAAAUUGUUUGUAAAAAAAUUCAUUCAAUAUCCGGACUCCUCGUCGAAUGAAGGAAGUUGCUCAAAUAAUAUUAAAACGCCGAAAAUUUUGACAUUGACUCUUAAUCGAGUCCGGGAGUCCGGAUAAUAAAACCGCGCGCGGAUUGUGUCGCUGGAGAAACAAACAAAUCGCAACAAUACAUCGCCAACGUUCUUCCACUGUCAAGCAAGACAAUAUCUCGUCAGUUAGGGCUAUAAUUCUUAUUCUUAGUCUUUAUUUACAUCUUAAUAUAGCAAAAGAAUGAGGUAAAUACCGAAACCAUUGCGAGUGCGAGUCCUUAUCCGUUUAUAUUUUAGGUUUUAGGCAAAUUAAUGAAUGACGAAUGGCAGUUUGAUUGUUAUCGUUGAUUACGCAAUGGCGGAAACGCUUAGCGUCAUCUAUCUCUCUUAAUGGCUUAAAGAAAACGGAAUGGUGUCUUCGCAUGGUGGCCACUUAAAGGCCACUGUACGAAACCACAAGACAGCGUGCAAAUCUCUUUCGAUGAUAUACAUAAUUAUAAGUAAUAAAUCUCGCGUUCCAUUGUUAUAUAAAUAAGUACUUCCCAGAGAACUAUUAUUCACUAAAAAUGCUAAUCGGAUUAAACACUAUUUUAAAGAAACUCGACAAUCCAUUAUUGGUCGCUAAUUAACGACACGAGAGGGCCUUUGGGACAGCAGAAGAUCCGGCUGUCGGUUGAGUUUGCGACCGGUAAAAUAGCCGUUCGUCACAACCUCAAUCGCAUCAAAGCGACAAGUACUGUUUUCUACCGAAAUUGUUGUAAAUUGUAUCACAAUGGAUUGUACUUUGUUAAAUGAAUUUCAAUUAAACUUGCAAAUGCAAAA